AUGAAAACUAAAAUUUUUGUUUUAAUCUUGCUAGUGCUUACCUAGAUUCUUUGCCAGCAAGAUCCACUUUUGAACCCUGGAUUUUUAUAUAACUCUGGAAUUCCCGCUGCCACUGCCACUGCCACUGCCACUGACUAAGAUAUCUGUGAUAAUUAUGAAAUUUUAUUCGAUGAAUAGGAACUCAAACUUUUAGAAUCAAUAGAGAAAUAUGCUUAAGCUUAAGCCUAAGCAUAAGCAUAAGCUGCACCUGGAGCUGCACAAUAAAGUGCUUUGUUUAUCCGCUUUCCUUGCUGGUAUUACCAAUACUAUUUAAACUACUACUACCCUUACUACUGGAACUAUUGCUGUGAGUGCUGCCAUCCUUAUUAUUAUUAUGAUAUUGCAGCUACUUAGGCUAAUUAAUAAGCUAAUUAGGCAGGUGGUGCUUCCUCUGCUGGCGCUUAAUAAAAUGCAUAAGCAAUACCAAAUAUAUAUUACCCAUAUUAUCCAUGGUGGUGUUGCCGUUAUCCUUAUUAUUAUGAACUUGCUGCCUAAGCAAAUUAAUAAGCAACUGGCUAAUAAAGCGCAUAAGCUUAAUUCUUACCUUAUUAUCCUUACUGGAAUAAUUGCUGUUGCCAUCGCUACCCUUAUUAUUAUGGAUUAUAAGCAAAUCCUCAGGCUAAUUAAUAAAGCAAUUAAGGUACUACUACUGGAUAAUAAAACACUUCAUCAAAUGGCACUCCACCACCACCACCAGCAGCAUCAGAUAUACUUAAUCUUCCAGUAAUUACCCAGAAUGUUUAUUAAAAGUGCUUAUAAUGUCAGCAAAAAGAAAAAGACUGUGAUAGAGAAUUAGAUUGCUGUGAACAUUUCCCAUGUUUAAGAGGAAAGUGCAUACCAUUCUAAUUUUGA